GUUGAGAACAACAAGCGAGAUGAAAUUUCCAAUAGAACACCCGAGAAAACAAGUUAACUGGGACCCGGAGCAAGUGGCGGUCCAGACCAACUUGGUCCCCCCCAAAAAGGUCCAGUCUGGCAUGGCGAAGUCCAGUCUGGUCCAGGCCAGUGUCGCCACCAUGCAGAAUCCAAUGGGCUGCGACCCGAAGACCAACGGCCACUGUCCACUGCCACGUCUGUCCAUCUCUUCCCGCUCCGCCAGCGUGGUGGCCAGCAUGGAUGCCAGCUGCGACGGCAUGGCCGCAGCCCUCCACUCAAUGAUGAAGUGGAAGACGGUGCUGGCAGUGUUCAUAGUGGUCGUUCUCUACCUGGUCUGUGGCGGCCUGGCUUUUAAGGCGCUGGAGAUGCCGUUUGAGAGACACCAGAAGACGAGCAUCACCCUGGAGAAGGCUUCGUUCCUGAAGAGACACUCCUGUGUUAGUCCUGACGAGCUGGAGGCGAUCAUCAAGCAUGCAAUAGAUGCAGUGAGUGCAGGAGUGAGUCCGAUCGGAGACAUAUCUUAUAAUUCCAGUUACUGGGACAUGGGCAGCGCCUUCUUCUUUGCUGGAACUGUCAUCACAACCAUAGGUUAUGGAAACAUCGCUCCAAGCACGGAAGGAGGGAAAAUCUUUUGCAUUCUUUAUGCGAUAUUUGGCAUUCCCCUGUUUGGCUUCUUGUUGGCCGGAAUUGGAGACCAGCUCGGGACCAUCUUUGUGAAAAGCAUCUUGAGAGUUGAGAGGAUAUUCAGGCAAAAACACAAACAGAUCAGUCAGACCAAGAUCAGAGUGACCUCCACCAUCCUCUUCAUCCUGGCUGGCUGCAUUGUCUUCGUCACCAUCCCGGCUGUCAUCUUCAAACACAUCGAGGGCUGGACCACGCUGGAGGCCAUCUACUUUGUAGUGAUCACUCUCACCACGGUGGGAAUAGGAGACUAUGUGGCAGGUGGAGACCGCAGGAUCGAAUACAAGCAGUGGUACAAGCCGCUGGUGUGGUUCUGGAUCUUGGUGGGCUUGGCGUACUUUGCAGCCGUCCUCAGCAUGAUUGGAGACUGGCUUCGAGUGUUGUCUAAAAAGACCAAAGAGGAGGUUGGGGAGUUUAAAGCUCAUGCGGCUGAAUGGAAGGCAAAUGUGCGAGCAGAGUUCCGUGAAACGCGGCGGCGCCUGAGUGUUGAGAUCCAUGACAAGCUCCAGCGGGCCGCCACCAUCCGCAGCAUGGAGCGCCGUCAGCUCGGCCUGGAGCAGCGAGCUCACUCUCUCGACAUGCUGUCUCCAGAGAAGCGAGCCAUGUUCGCCAGCCUGGACGCCGGCCGCUUCAAGACUUCUUCCCAAGAGAGCAUCGACACCAAGCUCAACAACCUGAGACUGAAGGGGGCCUGUGAGUCGUACGACCAUCAGGGGAGCGAGCAAACGCCGCAGACAGCGUCUUCCUCCGAGGAGAACCUCUUCAAUCUACGCUUCGGCUCCCUCACCAAACUGGGAAGACGCAACAAGAGCCGCGAGCUUCGGGGGAACAUCCCUGAAGAUGUUCGCAGGGCAAGCGUAGGCAUAAACACUGGCAGUGCCAUGCUAGGGGAGGAGAGGACGGAGGAGGAAGAGGAGGAUGACGGGGAGUCACAUGAGGAAAAUGGAGAGAGGAAAGAGGGAAACAUCAGCUUGACAAACCUGUCGCAGUACACCAUGGAGCGAGCCAAGCUGAAUGGGUUCAUGCCAGCACAGGCCAAAGACAGGGAGAAAGAUGAGGGGGUGAAUGGACAAGCACUUCAGGUGUAGAGACAGAGAGAGUGAGACAGAAACUCAGACAGACUGAGAGAUGUCAAGAAAUGUGCCUUUCUGUUCCCCAUGCUUAGAUUGGAACUGCUCCCAGGAAGAUCAGUCAGCGUGCCAUAGCCAUGGGAAGAAAAACGUGUUGCCAAAAACAAAUAAAACUGAAAAGAGGCUGUAGCUAAAAUACCUCUCUGCAUAUUUAUUGUACAACAGGCUACUUGAGACAAGCCCUCGUCUUUUCAGCCCUUCUUGGAUCUUCCGAGACGUUGGGAAACGGCCAUCUGUUCACGUCGAAUCUUAUUUUUCAUUAAUGUGGGCAGGACAGUUUGAGCCAUGUCACCCAUCUUCAGGAACAUUAUAGAUCUCUGCUGCGUCGUAUCGUACUGUGGGAGCUAUUUAAAGCUCGGCAGCCUGCUACGAAAGGACUUUUAACAAAUGGAGAGUGGGAGGCUGUGUUUCUGCCAGAUCGAUAGACAAUACAAGCAUUUACCGAAGGUUUAAAACAACUACACACUUAAGAGCUCACAAAGAAAAUAUUCAUCUGGAUAGUGCAUGGCUCUUGAAACACAACCAUAGCAGUUUGAAAGCUGUAAUAAGGUUUCUUUCUUUGUGUUGUAA